AUGCAGACAACCUAUCGCCUUCUGGUUGAGUACAAUAAAACUUAUCUCCUACGCAUUGUGAAUGCUGUGAUGAACGAAGAACAAUUUUUAGGAAUCGCGAAUCACGGCCUUACAGUUGUUGCGCAAGAUGCUGCACACAUAAAACCAAUAAAUACCAGUUACACAAUGAUAACUCCUGGACAAACAAUGGACGUUUUGUUCACAGCUAACCAAAAUCUUAGCCACUAUUACCAUGAUAGUGUUGUCACAUUUGCCAACUCCACCGCCACCGCAAUCGUUCAAUAUGAAGGCAAUUAUUCAAUCCCUUCAUCUCCUUUCUUCCCACCUCUUCCUGCUUACAAUGACAUGGAUGCUGCGCAAAACUUCACUAAAAGAAUAAAGAGCUUAGCAAAUAAAGAACAUCCCGUCAAUGUUCCAAAAAAUAUCACCACGAAAAUCUUUAUAGCGGUUUCUUUAAACAGUUUGUUGUGUCCCAACAGUUCAUGUGAUACUGACUCCGGUGAUAGGACAGCUGCAAGUUUAAACAAUGUUAGUUUUGAUACUCCUCAAAUUGAUAUAUUGGGAGCAUACUACGGGUAAGAGCUUUCAAUUAACUUUAUGAUAUUCAAUUUUGCGAUAUGCUAAAACCUAAAAUUUUUUGCAGGAGUUUCAACAAUGUUUUCGACAGAGGUUUCCCAAG